AUGGAUACGGAAAACGAAUUCCUUGAAACUCUAGUGGAUCAUUUUCUAGCAAACAUCCGUAGGACAUAUGUUCGUGCUCCAGAGCCAGAGAGCUUGAGUAGUGUUAGAAACCAGGCUAAAAAGUUGGAAGAGUAUCUGAGAAGCAACAGUAAUCAUCCCACUGUUGCUGCCAUGAUUGAAAAUGCUUUGUCGAAAUUUGAAUUUGAGGAAGAUCAGUGGAAUGGGAAAAUGAGAAUGGCUGAUGAAUUGCGGCAAAAAGGAAAUGGGUGUAUGCAGGGUAAAAAAUUCAGAGACGCUGUGAGGGAAUAUACAUAUGCACUCGAGUGGAACCCCAUGGACUCCAAGGCCUACUCCAGCAGAUCGCUUGCUUUUUAUAUGUUGGGAAUGGACAUUGAAGCACUGGAUGAUGCAGAGAAAUGCGUUGAGAUCGAUCCGAAGUUUUCAAGAGGGUAUCUCCGGAAAGGGUCAGUUUUGUUGAGAAACAAAGAAUUUGCAAAAGCUCUGGAAACCUUCCAAGAGGGUUUGGAAUGUGAUCCGACUGACCAGUACUUGAACCGAGGUGUGCGGAAGUGUUUGGAGCACACAGUGAAGAAUGGCAACGGGGUAACUAGUGGGAACCAGGCUGGUGAGAUAGUUAAGGGUGGAAGUAGGGUGGGUCAACAAAACGGAUCAGCAAUACAAGAGGUUGACAUGCCUUGUGUUGAAACUGUUACUCCCAAGCCUGGAACUUUUGUAUUGAAGCUGUCGAAUGUGAUCUUGACUGCUGAAGUUGUAGCGGUUAUCACUGAUAAUCUGAGACUAAGGUUGCCGAGUCUGAUCAGUUCCUUCAUAGCAGUGUGCGGACACGUUGAGGUCUUGAGGCAUCAUCAGUUGGCCCAGAAUAAGUCCACAUUGAUGAAACUUUUAUGUGCAAGCUUGAUGUUCAUGUGUAUUCUGAUAGAGUAUCUUGCUCAUGUGCUGCAUAAAAAUGUUGGAAAUCUGGAGAAUUUUGGAAGGGAAGCCUGGCCGUUUCAUGUUGCUGUGGUGAUUGCUUCACUACUCCUCAACGACUGAGGCUGAUCACUGAGGCUGAAUAUUUUUUUUUGGGGGUUAGAGAUCCUAUGUUAGAGAUGUUGUUCGUGUCUUUAGUUCUCAAUGUCUCUCAGUUUAAAGUUUGCUGGGGUUCAUACUGUGUACCAUUUUGUCAUUGACUGUAACUACCACUGUGCAAAAUUAACAGGGCACUAACACUAAACAGUUCCAUGUUUUGAUAAAUACAUUGCUGAACAGUUGCUGU